AUGAUAAAUCCGGAAGACAGAUUCUUUUCGGAGGGCCAGGGCUACUUCGGCCCGCGAGAAAACCCCUUGACCGAGACCCAUUGCAACGUCUGGGACUGGGAUCGCCUACAGAUGGUUAAGGUCAAAGGCACCGCCAAGCUGUUCCUACCGGAUGAGGAUGUGGAAAUCCCGGUUUCGGCGCAUUUCGCUGACUACCUGUCGCCGCAUGUCCGCGCAAUCACAGUCGACGACGACGGGCUCCUUGCUGGAGUCUCGACCGAUCCGGAAGAGGAUGACACUCUAUUUGUUGCAUAUCUUCCAUUCUCAAGUCUUGAGUCACUCACCGAUUGCCGGACAAUCCAGUACUCUAAACUUCACGAGCUUGACCGACUCUCACCCGGCGUUGAUCUCUCAUUAUACAAAGACGAGUUUGGGAUCCCUCAAAAGGUUGCUUUCAAAUUCAACCCUUUAGCAAAACCUCUGAGACUACAAAUGGCCUGGGACGAACUCAACCUCUUUAAGCGUCUGCCACCACACCCCAAUAUAGUACCAUUUGAUCGCGUUGUUCUCGAAGACGUGGAGUCUCGGGUCAUUGGAUUCACAACGAAGUACAUCCCAGCUGAAAAUCUCGCGGAUCCAAAAGUGCCUUUCCGGUUUGAGUGGCUACAGCAGCUCACCCAACUCGUCGAUUUCCUCAAUCUGGAACUGGGGAUCAUGCAUCAAGAUAUUGCCCCCCGAAAUCUGCUUAUCGAUCCCGACACACAAAAGAUUCUUCUCUUUGACUUUGAUCGCGCUGCAUGCGGAAAGAGACGCUUGAUGGAGGGUCGAGAUGACAUAAAUGGUGUUGUAUUUACGCUAUACGAGCUCAUCACGAACGAUACACAUCUCACGAGUAUUCCCCACUGGGAUCGAAACAUAGACAUGGUGCAAAGUAUGCCAGAGUGGACUUGCAAUCGCGAGCUGGACUCUGACGUCUCGAAGUUCCGCAACUUUUUGAAUGAAUGGGUAGCCACGCGAAAGUUGGACGGAGACAUGGAACGAUAUCUCAAUGCACCCAGCCGGCUAACAUGGCCGGAUCUGCCAAGAGCGCCGGACUAUGAUGUACCUUAUGAAAUGGGCCAAACUUCCGAUGGAAAACCAAUUUGGACAACGGGCCCACGGUUCAGACGCACUGCGAUGGAGAAGGGGCAGUAUUGUUUCCGUUGGGAGAGACCACCCCAGAGCAGGGCUAAGAAUGACGUGCACCGGCCUGAUAUUGGAAAAUAG